GUUCUUUCUCAUUAGCUCAGUGCCACCCAUUUCCAGAGAGGACACAGCCCUUUUUCAUCCUCUCUUCUCUCUUAAAAACCAUUUCUUUUUUUUUUUUUUUCUGAUAGUUUUGUUUCUCUCUGAAAAGUUUCCUUCUUUGAUUCAGCCUUUUUUGAAAGUUUCUGUUUUUGUCAUUUUUGGUAAAAACGGUGGAUCUGAUGUGGUGGAUGAUGGGAGAAGCUGGUGGACAUUACUGUUCUAAGAAGACUGAUGAUAUCUGUGGCGCUCUCUGUAGUCAGGAAACUGGUAGAUUCUCCAGCUUCUCCAGACUCUGCUGCGCUCUCCGCGGCGUAGACAUGAAGACAUACAUCUUCCUACUAGUCAUCGUCCCGACAUGUCUCCUCGCCGGCUACAUCCACGGACAAAAGAUCUCCUACUUCCUCCGGCCACUAUGGGAAUCCCCACCAAAACCCUUCCACGACAUCCCUCACUACCACCACUCCAACGCCUCCAUGGCAACUCUCUGCAAACUCCACGGCUGGGGAGUCCGAGAGUUCCCUAGACGCGUCUACGACGCCGUUUUAUUCAGCAACGAGCUCGACAUUCUCUCUAUCCGUUGGAGAGAGCUCUACCCUUACAUCACUCAGUUCGUCCUCCUCGAGUCCAACUCCACCUUCACAGGCCUCCCCAAGCCUCUCGUCUUCGCUUCCCACAGAGACGAGUUUAGUUUCAUCGAGUCACGUCUCACUUACGGCUCCCUCGGUGGGAGGUUUGUGACCAAAGGGAUGAACCCUUUCUACGAGGAGGCGUAUCAGCGAGUGGCGUUAGACCAGCUUCUACGGAUAGCUGGGAUCACUGAUGACGACUUGUUGCUAAUGUCUGACGUGGACGAGAUUCCGAGUAGACACACUAUAAACCUCUUGAGAUGGUGCGACGAGGUGCCUAAGAUCCUCCACUUACGGCUCAAGAACUAUCUUUACUCGUUCGAGUUCCUUGUUGACAACAAGAGCUGGAGAGCUUCUGUGCAUAGGUACGAGACGGGGAAGACGCGGUACGCUCAUUACCGACAGUCUGAUGAGAUCUUGGCGGAUGCGGGGUGGCAUUGCAGCUUUUGCUUUAGGAGGGUUAGUGAGUUUGUAUUCAAGAUGAAGGCUUAUAGCCAUAGUGAUAGAGUGAGGUUUAGGCGUUUCUUGAAUCCUGAAAGGGUUCAGAGAGUUAUAUGCAAAGGGGGUGAUCUUUUCGAUAUGUUGCCUGAAGAGUAUACUUUCAAGGAUAUUAUAGGGAAGAUGGGUCCGAUUCCUCAUUCUUUCUCGGCUGUUCAUCUUCCUUCUUAUCUCCUGGAGAAUGCGGAGAAGUAUAGAUUCCUCUUGCCGGGAAACUGCAUCAGAGAAAAGGAAUGAUAGAUGUGAAUUUUCACCACACAGAGCCUUACUGAUCUCUCUACAUUGAGAGAAGACAAAAGGUUGGCUUGAAUCCUCCUCUGGGCUAAAAACACUCACACAACUGAUAGAUAAUCUCUGCGUUUUUUUGUCUGAGGCGUAUUGGUGUCAGUGGAAGCUGCAGAGUAUUUCAAGAAGACUAUUAAAGAGUAAAGAUUUUCUUGUAUAUAGAUAGAUCUCUUUGUUUCUUCAGGAUUCUGAUUUUGGAAUCUGGCAUGAAAACCUUCAUUACUUGUGUGAUCUUCUAUCUUCAAACAUGAGUAUGUGUUCUUCUUCUGAGUUUCCCCUUUGGGAAGUUUUGCUUUAAGACAUUCUUUGGUUGGCCUUAUUGUACAUCUGUCUCUUCCUCUCUAGAUUUUAUUGGCUUUGUUAUGUAUACAUUAAGAUAUUUAUUCUCAUGAAUAAGCUUACAAUGUUUGAUCGA